GAGAGAGAGAGAGAGAGAGAGAGAGAGAGAGAGAGGGGGAGAGAGAGGAGAGAGAAUGGGCAAAGGAAGAGCGCCAUGUUGUGACAAAACCAAAGUGAAGAGGGGACCAUGGAGCCAAGAUGAAGACUUGAAACUCAUCUCUUUCAUUCACAAGUAUGGUCACGAGAACUGGAGAUCUCUUCCCAAACAAGCUGGAUUGUUGAGGUGUGGCAAGAGUUGUCGUCUUCGAUGGAUCAAUUACCUCAGACCUGAUGUGAAACGUGGCAAUUUCAGCGCAGAGGAAGAAGAAACCAUCAUUAAACUCCACCAGAGCUUUGGGAACAAGUGGUCGAAGAUUGCUUCUAAACUGCCAGGAAGAACAGACAAUGAGAUCAAAAAUGUGUGGCAUACUCAUCUCAAGAAAAGAUUGAGCUCGGACACUAACCAUAAUGCCAAUGAUGAAGCGGCUACAAAAGGUUCUUUGAAUGAAGAAGAGACCUCUCAAGAGUCAUCGCCUAAUGCUUCUAUGUCUUUUGGUGGUUCCAACACUUCAAGUAAAGAAGAUGAUGUACAGAUGGCUCAAACGUUUGAGUAUUUUCAAGAUUGUAUCGAAUUUACGGGGAUAUUACAAGAGGUAGACAAACCAGAGCUGCUGGAGAUACCUUUUGAUCUAGAUCCUGACGUUUGGAGCUUCAUAGAUGGUUCAGAUUCAUUCCAACAACCUGAGAACAGUUGGAGUCCAAGGGCUCACCAAGAAUCUGAAGAAGAUGAAGUUGAGAAAUGGUUCAAGCACCUGGAAAGCGAACUCGGAUUAGAAGAAAACGAUAGCCAACAACAACAGCAUAAUGAAGGCAAAGAACCAUCAUCAUCAUCAUCACUCUUGGAGAGUUACGAACUCCUGAUACAUUAGUAAAGCCAUAAGAAACUUUAUUUACUGAUUAUCCUUAUUGAAAAUCUACAAAGAGAGCUAAAUUCUUGUCAUUUUCAGUAGAUACACAAGAUCAGCUAGGCCCAUGUAGUACUAGUAGCGAUAGUAGAAAUGUAACAGGACGUAUAUAUUACAGAGCGUUAAGAGAUUUCCAGCAAAAGA